AUCUUCCGGAUCGCAUCGGCGCCACGGUGACCGACAGCUAAGGCCCCACGCAGCCUCAUCAACCAUUUCCUUUUUAUACGAUCCACUCCCCACACACAAAAAUCUCUGCAGCUCACACACCAGCUUGAUCGCACUCCGAUCCGUCAUCCAUGGCCCGGCUCGCCGCCGCUCUCCUCCUCGUCAUCGCCGUCGCGGCCUCCGCCGCCGCGCUCGCGCAUGGCCGCGGCAUCCAGACUCCGAUCAAGCUGACCAGGGUCGCCGCCGGCGUGGUCGGCGACAGCUACGAGUGCGUGUACACGGUGUACAUCCGGACGGGGUCGAUCUGGAAGGCCGGGACGGACUCCAACAUCACGCUGGAGCUGACCGCCGCCGACAACAGCGGCAUCCAGAUCACGGGCCUGCCGUCGUGGGGCGGGCUCAUGGGCGAGGGCCACUCCUACUUCGAGCGGAGCAACCUCGACAUCUUCAGCGGCCGCGGGCCCUGCAUGGCGUCCGCGCCGUGCCGGAUGAAGCUGGCCUCCGACGGCACCGGCGACCACCACGGCUGGUACUGCAACUACGUCGAGGUCACCGUCACGGGCCCGCACAAGGGGUGCGCGCAGCAGCUGUUCACGGUCGAGCAGUGGCUCGCCACCGACGUCUCGCCGUACAAGCUCGACUCCGUCGUCGACCAGUGCUCCGCCGUCGAUGGCACCGCAUCCGCGUGAGGCCGCCGUCGGCACGUGCGCUGAUGCUGUUUGUGUUGGAUCAGCUCGUGCAGCUGCUGGUGAAAUAAUCGAUCGGGAUCUGAUGAGUGAUGUGUAUGCGCUGUGAUGAGAGUUGUCAGUGACUAGUCGUCGCCGUACGUGGUGGUUUUGUAUGAGAGAAGAUGUUCAUCUGACAUCUCCAAUUGUUGGAUAUUUGUCCAUGUUUUCAUUGUCGGCA